GAAAACAAAACCCUCACCUUGUCUUUGAGGUUUUGAAAUUGAAAACUGAAAACCCUCUCUCCUCUCCCUCUCUCUCUCUAGAUAAGAUCUAUACAGAAAUUCACAUAUAUGAAUGAUUUCUAUACAUCGACUGGUUUGAAGUGCUGUAUGUGUUGAGUGAGAUAGAUACGGAGACAUAUUAGGAAUUUUUUGAUGUACGUAAAUGGAGGCUAUACUGACCCAGUGUGUGCAAAACAGCCUACGGCACUUCAUGUAUCGCAAUGCCAUUUUCAUGUGCGAACGCCUCUGUGCAGAGUUCCCAUCCGAGACAAAUUUGCAGUUGCUUGCCAGCUGUUACUUGCAAAACAAUCAGUCACAUUGUGCAUACUACAUUUUGAAGGGAACGCAUACGGCUCAAUGCCGCUAUUUGUUUGCGCUAUCAUGCUUUCAGAUGGAUCUUCUAAAUGAAGCUGAAUCAGCAUUACGACCCCCUAAUGAGUCCUCUGCUGAGGUUCCAAAUGGAGCUGCUGGCCAUUACCUACUUGGUCUUAUUUACAGGUAUACAGAUAGAAGGAAGAAUGCUAUUCAUCACUUCUAUCAGGCUUUGUCAAUGGAUCCAUUAUUAUGGGCUGCUUAUGAGGAACUCUGUAUAUUAGGAGCAGCAGAAGAAGCAACUUCAGUUUUUAGUGAAGGCGCUUCUUUAUGCAUUGAAAAGCAAUACAUGCAUGAUGAAUUGAGUUCCAAGAGUUUGCAGGCAUCAAGCGAAGAUCAUAUUGUUGUUCCUAACCGAAGUCUAGGAGUAGAAGAUGUUAGUCCAAGGCAAUUGAAAGAUAUGCAUGGUUAUGAUGUACGAGAUAUCUCCAGGAACUAUCAUGGAGCAGCUUCUAACCAGCCUCUAAAUGGAGGCCCUGCUUCUUUUUCAUUUUAUAAUACUCCUUCUCCAAUGGCUACACAGUCACAGUUGUCAGGUGUUGCUCCACCUCCAAUAUGUAGAAAUGCACAACUGAAUGGCCCAAACCUGAAAGCAUCGGGAGCUGAUAACUCUCCACGAUUAGUGGUGAACUCAGCCGUUCCUGGUCCUAGGAGAAAGUUUGUGGAUGAGGGAAAAUUAAGAAAGGUAUCUGAGAGGUUAUUUUCUGAUUCCAGACAACGACGAAGCAUGAGACUUGGUGGAGAAUCUCUGGUCAACACAAAUCCAGGUGCAUCAGUAGCUUCUGGGAAUGGGAGAAACCACUCUUCUAAAAAUAUUGUGGGUUCUAAAUCAAACUCUGUGGUAUCACGUUCAGUGACAAUUCGAAAAGGACAGUCAUGGGCUAGUGAAAAUUCAGAUGAAGGGACUCAUUAUGAUAAUUAUGAUGAUUCUCGUUUAGAUAUUACAACAUCCAGUUUAUCCCCCCGCAGUGACGCUAGAACUCUUGAGCAAGAAGCGGCUGCGAGGCCUUCAGGUCCAGCUGUCGUGAGUAGCUCAAGAGUCGCAGCUGGUGCCUCUGAAAUAUUGGGCCUCUUAAUGAUUCUUGGUGAAGGUUACAGACUCUCAUGUCUCUACAGAUGCCAGGAUGCUCUAGAUACAUAUAUCAAACUUCCACAGAAGCAUUAUAAUACUGGAUGGGUGCUUUCUCAGGUUGGAAAAGCGCAUUUUGAAAUGGUUGAUUAUAUAGAAGCAGAUCGCGCCUUCAGUCAUGCACGGUUGGCUUCUCCAUACAGUUUGGAAGGAAUGGAUGUACAUUCUACAGUUCUAUAUCAUUUGAAGGAAGAUAUGAAAUUGAGUUACCUGGCUCAGGAGCUGAUAUCCACCGACCGUUUAGCUCCUCAAUCUUGGUGUGCUAUGGGAAAUUGCUAUAGCUUGCAGAAAGAUCAUGAAACUGCUCUUAAGAAUUUCCAGAGAGCAGUGCAACUAAAUUCAAGAUUUGCAUAUGCCCACACCCUUUGUGGUCACGAAUACGUCGCCUUAGAGGAUUUUGAGAAUGGCAUUAAGAGCUACAGGAGUGCCCUCCAGAUUGACUCCAGGCAUUACAAUGCCUGGCAUGGACUUGGAAUGGUUUACCUCCGGCAAGAGAAGUUUGAGUUCUCAGAGCAUCACUUCCGACUGGCCUUCCAAAUAAAUCCACGUUCCUCUGUGAUAAUGUCGUAUCUUGGGACAGCUUUACAUACAUUGAAGAAAAAUAAGGAAGCAUUGGAGAUGAUGGAUAGGGCUAUUUUAGCGGAUAAGAAGAACCCUCUCCCUCUGUACCAGAAGGCUAACAUCCUUGUGAGCAUGGAAAAUUUUGACGGGGCUUUAGCAGUUCUGGAGGAGCUUAAAGAGUUUGCACCCCGUGAGAGCAGUAUUUACGCUUUAAUGGGUAGGAUUUAUAAACGGCGUAAUAUGUAUGACAAAGCCAUGCUUCAUUUUGGACUAGCAUUGGAUUUGAAACCAUCUGCAACUGACGUUGCUGUCAUUAAGGCUGCCAUUGAGAAGUUGCACGUACCAGAUGAGCUAGAGGACGAGGAUGCCCUGUGAAUCAAUUCGAUAGCACUGCAGAUUUAGAGACGAAAUGUGGCUCUCAGCAAUCAACUUGUUCUCUGCUUGUGCUUUUGGGUAUAUGCUCGACAAAAUUUACGUGACUGCAUAUCCUUUCUAAUGGAAUGGAAUCUCCUUGCAGCUGGGCGGUCUUACAACACUAGAGUCAGUUUUCACUUUGUAGAGAAGAAACAAUCUGAUAGUGUUGGGUGAAACAAAUUACAAACACUGCACGAAGAGGCAUGUCCCAAAUAGAGCUUAAGUUAUUUUUUUAAGUACAUACCAGUAUUUGAUUCGUUCUGCACUGUAGCAACGGUUUAUAUUCAUUCCUUUUUGCACGUUGGCUUAGUCAAAUUAUAUUUCUCUUGAGGUACCGUUUGGGAUUGAUUUUAAAGACCAACUUCAAAUAUUUAAACAA